UAGACAAGCAAAUGCAAAUCGAGGAGGGACUUCAGCAGUUAAGUGAAAGAAAAUCACCAAGGAAGCGAUGGAGUCUACGUGAGUUUAAGGGAAAAAAUGAGGCUUUGUUUAUGCACAUCUGGAUUAGAAGGGACAACAAUAUAAAGGUACAUUUUUAUUUAGCUAGUUCAUACUUAAGUAUGACUUUUUCUUUUUUGAAAACUAUGAUCGAAAAAUCACGAAUACAUACGCAUUUCUGUUAGCGUAAAGUCUACGAGACGGAACUACAAAGAGAAAAUUUAGAUGAUUUUCCUCUGGAUAACGUUUACACUCGAAUGCUGAAGUCCAGUCCUCGCGCGGUACUGGUAUCGGUGAUCACGUUGGUACUUUUUUUUACAACCACAUUCACAUGUGGGCCCAAGUGUUAUUCUCCUAUAACAGGCGCUUGCCAUAAUGUAACCAUUCCUGUGCCGCGGUCCUAUCUCGCCGACAAGGCGAACUGGGGGAACAAAUGCUCGGCCCCGAUGACCAAGAGUCUCCUGGAAGCCGAUUGGUUGCUUCCGUCCGGCGUGACAGUUACUUUCAUCAGGUGUCAUCGGGAGCGAGCCUGUGCGCGUCCGCCAGCGCAUCAUUCAGCACUCGCAUUUUGUAUGCCUGAGGUCUGCUUGGUUCCAGUACAAAGGCAGCAGAAUUUCAGCAAACAGUCAGAUGAAUCUGUUGUUUAACUGCCUUGUCACUCUUCAAGGGCAAAGAGACGUCCCAGAGCACGGGUCAGGAAGCCAUUUCGUGGAAGACCGCCCCCUUUGCUCUUCUGCGCCUGCGAGUCUCUGGAGCCACUCCCUUUACGCCCUGAUCACCCCCUUCACUGGCGGCAUGCUGCCCCGAGGCAGACGGCACCUUCCUGCUCAACACAAAAAUAUAAGAAGUUUGGUGAAGCCACCACCAUUUGGGCUUACGUUCCGUAAAUGUGCACAGCAGGUGGAGGUUGGCCUGGAGUUCCCCCGGGUGACCAUCUACUUGCUGAUUAACAACACAGGCACCCCCGCCGGCCACCUCACCCAGCUCAGCAUCCGAGACACCGUGUCCGGCCUGUCGCUCCUGGAGAACCACGGCAAAGUGCUGGAGAAGGGCUUCCUGACUUUUGCUGAGGAUUCCCUGUUGGCUGGUUUGCACUACUCACUGAAUUACAGCGCCAUCAUCAGAGCCCACAGGGAUGAGAUCCUGGAACUGCCUGCCUACCUGACCUUUUCCAACGCCUCUCAGAAUGAUAUCAACUUGUUUGGUCCUGUGGUUGCCAAUCUCACACUUAGGAUCAAUUCUACUGAGAAGGUAUACCCAAACCAUGGCAUCAACUUUGCCGGCUUUCUGGGCUCUUUCAUGUUGGUGGUGUUUCUGGGCCUUCUCCUCAUCCACAGGCUGUGCACUGCUGCCAGGAGGAACACGCUGCAGCAACGGAGAAGGGCAGGAGUUCUGAACGGCGACCCAGAUCCAGAGUAUGCCGUUUGCAACAUCAGUGAGACCGCCAAGGAGGAGGCGGCCUUUGAGGACAAGAUAGUGGACAUCAUGGUACUGGAGGACCCCCAGAACAUGCGCCAAGCCUUAGAGAACCUGCACAUGUCUGACCUGCUGCGAGCGGCGGCCGGCCUGGAAAGCAGCCGUGUGCAGAUCCACAAAGACCUGGCGGCGGCGUUGCUGGGUGGCCCCCGCCUGCAGGGACAGCUGUCUGCCCAGGCCGAGGGCCGGCUACUGGGUGUGUUGCACGGGCAGCUGAUGGGCAUGGAGGGCAAGCUGAAGGAGGAGCACGUGGCACGAGUGGCAGCGCUGGCGGCCCAGUGUGGCCUGGAGACGCGUGAGGAGAUGGAGGCCGAGCACCGGAGGCAGGCCGCCCAGAAAGCCCUAGCAGAGCGCCUCUUACAGCAGGCCCCGCGGCAGCUGGCCCUGGAAUGCGGCGUGCUGCUGGACAAGCUUCAUGAGCUGGACCAGGACCGGCUCAGGAGGGGUCUGCUGGGCCGCCACGAGGAGGCCUCGGCCCGCGUUCAGAGGCAGGCCGUGGUGCAGCGACGGGCCGAGCUGCACAAGAUCUUCUCUGAAGAGCUGGAGGAGGCCACCCGGAUGGGGGAGAUGGACAGGGGUGUGGCCAAUGGUCUUCUGCACACCUACUUCACCUGCCAGGAUCAGCUGGAGGAAGUGCUGGAUGUGUUCCUGGCCAAUCAGAGGAGCGUCCUCGGGGAGCGCCACGCCCAGAGACAGUUCCUUGUGCACAGCCUCCAGAGUCUGAAGAGUCUAAUGUGCGAGGUGUUUGCCAAGACGUCAGCCCACAUGGAGAACUGGUUCCGGGAACUCAGGAAAGAGGCCUGUGCGGCUGAGGAGCAGUUGGAGCAGCUACUUGAAAAGGCCAAGAAGGAGCUUCUGCUGGUGAAGCAGGGCCUGGAUGAGGUUCUGACGCAAGAGCGCAGCUCUAUGCACUGUGAGCUAGUUAAGAAGAGGAGGGGCCUCAUCUCUGACAAGCUGCAAGAGCACAAGCGCAAGCAAAAGGAACUGUCAGCUCUGGGACGGGUCUGGGCGGAGGGUGCUGACCUGGCCCCCUACCUUCUUCGCUGGCACAGCCUGCUCACCUCGCAGUGCCUGGAACUGGGCGAGCUCAUCAACAACCUGGACGAGGAGGCGGCCGCUGACAUCCGCAAGGUGACGAUGCGGGCGAUCCACAGCUCCAUGGUGGAGGUGAAGGCCAUCCUGCCAGCGGCAGCCGGCGCGUUGCUAGGCCCGGGGUCGACACGCUUCCUGCCGCAGCGGGAACCGGUGGGCGCUGCCCUGGCUGAGGCCCAGGAGCGGCUGCAUGGUGAGGGCAAGGCAGCACAGCGCCUCCUACAGGCUACCCGUGAUGACCUGCAGCACGGCCUGGAGCAGGAGCUGCAUGAGCAGCGGGAGCUCCGGCUGCAUGCCAGGGGAUACUUCCAGACCCUCUGUGCCUCCCAGCUCACUCUGUCCGAGGAGGAGUCGCUCCGAUUAAAGCUGGCAUUCCAGAAUUGCCUGUCCCAGAUGGACCACUGCCUGGUGCUGCCUCGAGCCCAUUCCCGCUGCCGGCUGCAGGCCUUGCUUUCCCAGUGGAGGCGAGAGAAGCUCCUGGAGAAAAGGACUCAGCCUGUUGGUGUGCCGGUGGAGGAGAGAUGGGAAACGUGUCCAUCAGAGCUCCUGGCACUCAGGAAGCAGACCGAGACACAACUUCAGAUCUAUGAGCAGGAGGAGGAGGAGGAAAGCACGGCCAUGAAGAAGGUGCUGGAGGAGAUGCGUCUGGAGCGGGAGGAGGAGUUGCAGGUCCAGGAGGAGGACCUGGCAGUGCAGGCGGCUGUCGUCCACUUCCAGCGGGCAGAGAAAAGGACGAGGGCUUUGGAGACUUAUGGGGCCGUACUCAAGCUGCAGGGCUGCCUGGUGGAGGAGAUGCGUCCCACUGGGGCCCUGGGGGCCCCCGAAGUGGCCCAGAGUAUUCGCAGCCACCGGCAGGGCCUUGAAGAGGCAGACCUCCUGUUGCAGAGGGAGAGGACAGAAUGGGAGGCCUUAGCGACAGGCCACCCAGUGUCUGAUGACAUUCUGGACAAGGCAGGAGAGAACGGCAUGUUCCACGUAGAAGAAGACUGCAGGAUUUCCGUGGGCCUCCAGGAGGCGCUGCGCAAGUGCGAGCAGGUCACCACAGCACUCACAGAGAGGUUGCGUGAUGAGAAUGAAAGAAGCCAGGUGAUCGAAGAUCUUAAGGAGCAGUUGGAGCUGAAGGGUAUCUACACACAUCUGGACCAGGAGCUGGAUUUCAUGGCAGGCCUAGUGAAGUGGACCCAGGUGUCAGCCGGCACCCUCCUAGAGACCCUGGGGCUUCUACUGCCUGCCUCCCCAGAGGCCGACCUGCUCUCCCUGGUGGACAUGCUGUAUCCCAGGCAGUCCCUGUCCUCAGCAGCAGCUGAGCGGGACAGAGGGUGGGCUGACGGAACAAGAGCAGCUCUCUUGAGUAGACUGAGGGACGACAUCAUCCAUCGGAAUAUCCUAACACCUCCACAGGGCAAAGAGAGAGAGAGGAUCCUGAAGAAGAGACAAAGCCUUCUGGAGAAGCUCUUCUCUCCUCCACGAGCCGAGAGUUCCGGAAGCACCCAUCAAAUUUUGGUCGAGGAGAAACCCCUAGAGGUGUCAGGCAGACCAUCAGUGCCGCGUCCCGACCCAGCUUCAACAUCGGAGCGUGAGAUUGCAGAUGCGAGACAGGCUUCUGGCCAGGAUAUGGAAGUGGAUGUCAGUGUGAGCACACAAGCCACCCAGAGCUGGAGCCCCUCUGACACAGAGGGAAAGGUGUUUGUCUUCAAGCUGCAGCCUGAGGUGACUGAUUUGGCAGGCACAGCACCGAAGAAAGGACGAAGGAAAAAGAGAAACUACCUCAACUUCAAGAAGGGGGCUGUAGCUCCACAGGAAGAUGAGUGAUCUAGCUGAUCAGGCCAGAUUGGUUCUGAAGCUGCUGAACACCACUGGCCAGACCAUCCUGCUCUAUACUUAGCAAUCAGUAUUAUUCACAUCUGCAUGUCUACACUUCGAAUGCUAAUUUCAUGGAAUGUUCCACUUUUUACAUAUAUUUUUAUUAUUCUUCAUUUUUAUUAUUAAUAUAAAUUUUUAAAUGUAUUAUACAUGUACCUUUUAUACAUAUUUAUGCGUAAGUCUGUUGUCUUUAGUUGGUUGUCUUAAGUUAGUUGUCUUUCUGGAAUUAUAAUUGUAAUAUUGUGCUUUAAUAAUAUUAGUUUUUACUGUUUAUAUUAGUACAGGUAAAAUAUUAUUUGGAUAGUCCGCCUACAGAAGGUACACAGAGUAUUUGUAACAUUUCAACGACUUAUUAGUUACGAUUCAGCAAUUCAUUUAACAUUGGUUGAGUGACUAGUCAAAAUGAAUUAAAUUAUUCUAAGAAUAUGUAGGUACUCUAUGUUCCUGUAUCGUUACAUAUACUCAGAGAUGGGGACUCAAAUCGCACAAAGACUUGUGACUUGACUUUAGACUUGCCCUCAACGACUUGAGACUUGACUUGGACAUGGGUGUUGUGACUCGUGAACAAUGUUCAUUUCAUGGAAUUAUUUAUUUAAUUAUUUCAUUCAUUUCAGUUUUUCCAAUGUGUAAAUUAUGGGAAAAUCGGAGGUAGACUGAAUAUUUCCUUCCCUUGAUAUUACACGCAACGUAACGCAUGUGUGCAGACACCCGUUUUAUUUGAUUAACGUCUCACUAUGUUCCAGUCUAGGCUACCAGCAAGUAGCAGACCAGUAGAAGCCCUAUACUCUGCCACCAUUUACCAGAUGGCUGCAGAGUAUGUAUGGAUGUAGUCUAUUGAUGUAACGUUAAUCCUAUGCAUUAAUCGCUGUUUAGAAUAGGCAGUAUUAUCUCAGAUAGCAUCUGAUGAGAGAACGUUCAUUUCAGUCAUUUGAGACUUGAGACUUGACUUGGACUCGGACUCAAGUACAGACUUGAGACUUGACUUGGACUCAAGUACAGACUUGAGACUUGUCUUGGACUCAAGUACAGACUUGAGACUUGAUUUGGACUUGGAAAAAAUGACUUAACAUCUCUGCAUAUACUCUGUAUGCGGUGUAUUCUGUUAAACAUCUACAGACACAGCAAAAAAAGUUUUUCAGAUGUUACAAAUACUCUGUUAACCUUUUAUAGGCAGAUUAACUAAAUAAAGUGUUACUCCAUUAAAUAAUAAACAGUUUUAGAGUAGUAAUAGUAAUCUGUUUGUUGCAGGUCUAAAUUUUCUAGAUGUAGAAUUUCUUUGAGUAUUUAUUCUCAAUGUCUGAAUUCCUGUUUUAGUGAAAUAUACUUGGCGUUCAGUUUAUCAGCUAUACCUGCUUGUUAAUGCACACAGCCCGCUCCUCUCUACACUGUGUUUGGAGUUAUGUGGUUGUGACUGACAAUGUUGAAUAUAUCCAACUGAAUCUAUAUUCUAGGCCUGGGUUCCCCUAUUCCGGGCCUGGAGGGUCAGAAUCCAAUAGUGCAGAUUUUUCUGCUCAAACACAGCUACUAAAGCUAGUGAUUAGCUGAUUAAGAUGUGAGUGCAGCAGAGAGAUCUGCAGACUGUGUUGAAUACUGACCCUAAAACUGGGAACCCAGUUUGAGUGAGUUAAUUUUUCUUUGGGGCAUCCAGGGCAUGUCUCCAUGAAAGCAGGUGUGUACAACCAUACAGUUAUUCUCAAUCUGUAUUACAGUACUAUUUAAGUCCUUUCAAGUCUGCCUAUCAGACUCAUCAGUAUAACUCCCGUCACAAAGAUUCCAGUUGUCCAGUAAGUUAUACAAAUCUGAAGCCCUUUACUAGUUCAUCCUAAUAUGAGCAGUUCACAAAAUAAAUGUAGUAUUUUGUAUAUUGUUUUCAUGGUAUACAAUCACACAUACUAAUCAUUAAAUUUAGCUGGAUGGUCAGAGCACCUUCUUUGUGAUGUCAAAUCAAGAACAGUUUUAGUUGUUUGAGGCAUCAGGAAAUGAAGUAAGAAUAACAAUACUUUUUACUGCCUCCCUGAAAUAGAAUAAUGACAUAGUGAUAUCUGAGUCUGAAAGACUGACAUUUGGGUUGGAAAUAAACCUGUCUGCUUGGAUGGAUAAGGUAGUCCUUUAUGCACCGAUCCCAUUGUGCCCCUUUGACACCAGAAUAUUCAGGUGUGAGAAUCUUUUUCCACGUUUCUUCUAUCGCUGUGCCUUGUUUAGCGGCCAUGAAGCUUUUCCCAUCACCACUGGCACAUGGCUUCCAGUGCCGAUGCAGGCCACAGUCAGGAAUGUGCUGUCCGUCGAGCACACGCUGGGCUCAAAAAAAGGAGCCCCACAUGGACAAUUGAACUCACAGAGGUGAGCAAUUCACUUGUUCCUGGUGGGAGCUCCCGACCACUAAAAGGAGAGCAAGAAUUUUUUUAUAUGUGCAAGCCGCUCCCUGCUAGGCCUUUGUAUCUCUUCACAUUAGGAUUCUUUCCUCAUUGUACUUUUAGGUUGUCAUUUUUUUGAUAUGACAGGCAGUCCCAGCUAUAAACGGAGUGCCUAAUUGCCUAUUGCUCAAUGCAGCCAUGGCCACACACUGUGGUCACAUUAGAGACCCCAAGAGACUUGCAAAUUUCACACAGAGAGCAGAGAUGGGAUUCAAACCAUGAAUUCUGGACAUGUUCAGCGGCUGACACAGCCACUGCACCAAAACCCCUUUUCUCUUUGUUUCAUUACGCUGAAUUUUCUGCAGAAACUUCUUUAACAGAAAUUUGCCUAAAACAAAUUAUUCAAUUUUUAAUAUUCUGGAUUGAAGUUUUUCACAAUAUCCCUUCAUCAUGUAUCCAAAAUAAGGGAGACUCUCAGAACAACAGCAUUGUAUUCCCCAGACAGCCCUGUCACUUGCUCCACCCCUCUAAUCCAUACUCAUCCCAGACUCUCCAACCUGUACAAUUUAUAGAAGUACUAGUUAGAUCAACUGUAAAUGUGAAAGCCAAUAAAUAUGUUUUUACCUAAA